ACACCAUGAUAACAGUCAGUUCACCUUGUUUUCAGGUUGCACCUGAGCCAAGAUGAAGGUCAUUGCCGUUCUUGUCCUCUCGGUCACCCUGUUCUACCAGGGAUACAGCAACUCUCUGGACUCAUGUCAGGGUCGGUGUGGUUAUGGAACAGACAGUAGUUUCUCCUGUCAGUGUAACCCAUCCUGUGAGCGCUACAACGACUGCUGCUCCGACUACGCUGAGAUUUGUAAAACUUCAGCCACAUCUUGUAAAGGCAGAUGCGGUGAAAAAUACAACUCUCAGAACAAGUGCCACUGCAACUCCAAGUGCUCCCAGUACAGUAACUGCUGCAGUGACUAUGCAGACCUCUGUGGCGGUGACGGAGGUGGAAGUGGCGUGAUCACUGAUGCUGAGAUCAAGAGUAUCUCUGAGGCGCUCUACACUCUGGAUUCAAACAAGGCUUCGGCCUCAGAGUUGAUCAUUGACCCUCAGGCUCUGGUGGACAACUCUCAGACCAGCUCCCAGUCAGAUCUCUCCCCUAGACCCUUGUUCCGAUACGUGGAUGAAGGGGCUCUGUUCUCCAGACCUACCUACGCUGCUUUCCUGGCUGUGCUGGACAACUACCAAAGGAUGACUGGACAGACAGAGGACUUCAGCCCUCAGCAGCUGGCAGAGCAGGAGACCUUUGUCAAGGAGACCAUGUCCAACACUGAGCUGGGGAGAGAGCUGUUUGCUUUCCUCUACACAAAGGGUGUCUAUGCAACAGAGGAAGACUUCCUCUAUGACCUGAAGAUGAUGUGGUUUGGUCUGUACUCCCGCUACAACAAGAAGAUGGACUCCAGCGGCUUUGAGCACAUCUUUGCAGGAGAGAUCAAGGGAGGAAAGGUGUCCGGUUUCCACAACUGGAUCCAGUUUUAUCUUCUCGAGAAAAGAGGACAGCUGAACUACUACAGCCACAGCUUCAAUGGGCCGUGGACUACUUACCCCGAUGUCAUGGGGAUGCAGUUCAAGUGGGACGGAUACUUCAAGCAGGUCGGUUCUGCAGUCAUCGGCUGCAGCCCUGAGUUUGACUUUGCCUUAUACAGUCUCUGCUACAUCACUCGUCCUGGAAAACAAUGUCGUCUAAGCCUGGGUGGGAAGGAGCUCAUUAUCCAAACUUACACCUGGGAUAAUUCUUUCUACGGUGAUGGGAAGAAGUUCAUCGGGUCUGCGUUUCCUGCAACCCCCAGAAACUGAACAAAAACUGAGACUGCUUGUGUUUAAUUUGACGCAUAAUAUAAAUGAAAAGUAAUAUUCUCUAUUUGUUAAAAGAUGUCAGGUGAUAUAUAAACGUAUAUAUCACAACAGCUCCCAAAAUGUUUCAAUAAAGCAGAAUUCAAAAUGUG